UAUAGAUUUUCAGAUGUAUAAUACAUCCAGUAGACUAUCAAUAAUUUCCCUGGAAUCUAAAGUGCCCACAAAUCUGGUUAUGAAAAAUUUGAUUAUAUGAUUCAAACAGAUUAACACUUAAAUAUGUACAGUUCAAGUUCAUGGUUAACCCUAUAAAUGGGAGUGAAACAACACUUGUUUAACUUGCACAGGUUGGACCAAGGAUAUUAAUGAGGAUCAGCUGAUUACGCUGCACGUCACACCCUGUGAACCAUUGGAGAACACAAGCAACCGCGAGGUGGUGAGGACCACGCGGGUGGAGCAGACGGGCACUACAGAGGGGGAGAUCGAGCAGACGGGCACUACAGAGAGGGAGUUGGAGCAGACGGGCACUGCAGAGAGGGAGAUGGAGCAGACGGGCACUACAGAGGGGGAGAUCGAGCAGACGGGCACUACAGAGAGGGAGUUGGAGCAGACGGGCACUGCAGAGAGGGAGAUGGAGCAGACGGGCACUACAGAGGGGGAGAUCGAGCAGACGGGCACUACAGAGAGGGAGAUGGAGCAGACGGGCACUACAGAGAGGGAGAUGGAGCAGACGGGCACUACAGAGAGGGAGAUGGAGCAGACGGGCACUACAGAGGUGGAAAUGGAGCAGACGGGCACUACAGAGGGGGAGAUGGAGCAGACGGGCACUACAGAGGGGGAGAUGGAGCAGACGGGCACUACAGAGGGGGAGAUGGAGCAGACGGGCACUACAGAGGUGGAGAUGGAGCAGACGGGCACUACAGAGGGGGAGAUGGAGCAGACGGGCACUACAGAGAGGGGGAUGGAGCAGACGGGCACUACAGAGGUGGAAAUGGAGCAGACGGGCACUACAGAGGGGGAGAUGGAGCAGACGGGCACUACAGAGGGGGAGAUGGAGCAAACAGGCACUACAGAGGAGGAGAUGGAGCAAACGGGCACUACAGAGGGGGAGAUGGAGCAGACGGGCACUACAGAGGGGGAGAUGGAGCAGACGGGCACUACAGAGGGGAGGAUGGAGCAGAUGAGUACCUCGGAGGGUCAAGAGCUUUAUGCAGCUGUCUUCACAGGGUCAGCCAGGGGCACAGUCACAAGUCCCAAAAAGAAAAAGUCAGGUAUGUAAAUAAUGUUUGUAGGGUAAUUAUUGGUGGAUCUGAUAU